CUACUACUCUUCUUGCGAUAGAGACAUCUUCAAGCAUUCACCUCACAUCGCCAUCAUGUUCUCUCGACGGGCUGUCCAGGCCCUCCGCAGCAAUGCUGUGCCCACCCCGUCAGUCGCCGCGAGGUCAUAUGCGACCGUCCAGACCGACAUCUUCAAGCCCACCAAGUUCGGCGGAAAAUAUACCGUGACCCUCAUUCCUGGUGACGGUAUCGGCGCCGAGGUCUCUGAAUCGGUCAAGACAAUUUUCAAAGCGGACAACGUGCCCAUCGAGUGGGAGCAGGUCGAUGUGUCUGGUAUGGAGCAGGGCGGCAAGCACUCUGAGGAGCUCUUCCGCGAGUCCAUCUCCUCGCUCAAGCGCAACAAGCUCGGUCUCAAGGGUAUCCUCCACACUCCCGUACACCGAUCCGGCCACCAAUCCUUCAACGUUGCUCUCCGACAAGAGCUCGACAUUUACGCUUCCAUCGUCCUGAUCAAGAACAUCCCCGGAUACGAGACGCGCCACAAGAACGUCGACCUGUGCAUUAUCCGUGAGAACACCGAGGGCGAGUACUCUGGCUUGGAGCAUCAGUCUGUCCCUGGUGUCGUGGAGUCCCUCAAGAUUAUCACUCGUGCCAAGAGCGAGCGCAUCGCCAAGUUCGCUUUCAGCUUCGCCCUGGCCAACAACCGCCGCAAGGUUACUUGCAUUCACAAGGCCAACAUCAUGAAGCUUGCUGAUGGUCUCUUCCGCAACACCGUCCGCAAGGUCGGCGAGGAGUACCCCACCAUCGAGACCAACGAUAUGAUUGUCGACAACGCCAGCAUGCAGUGUGUCAGCCGACCACAACAAUUCGACGUCAUGGUCAUGCCCAACUUGUACGGAGGUAUCCUCUCCAACAUUGGUGCUGGCCUUGUCGGUGGCCCAGGUAUCGUUCCGGGUUGCAACAUGGGUCGUGAAGUUGCCGUGUUCGAGCCAGGCUGCCGUCACGUCGGUCUGGAUAUUCAGGGUAAGGACCAGGCCAACCCUACCGCUUUGAUCCUCUCAGGAAGCAUGAUGCUCAGGCAUUUGGGACUCGACGACCACGCCAACCGCAUCUCCAAGGCCGUCUACGAUGUCAUCGCCGAGGGCAAGACCCGAACACGCGACAUGGGUGGUGAGGCAUCUACGCACCAGUUCACCCGCGCUGUGUUGGACCAUAUGGAGGCUUCUGGUUGAGCGGAGUGACUUUGAGCUGUUGAGAGCAGUGGAUGAGCAGACAGCAGCGGUCUCUGACGGAGACGAGGCGUGAUUGCAGCGGAGCUUCCCUAUUCUCGGACACCCUACGUUGAUUGAGCUGAUUGCUUUGCCUGACUUUUUGCAUAGCCUCGAUGUUGAGAGAUUUGCUACCUCCAUGUAGAUAGACGUGUGUGUAUAUUCAAGGACUUUUCAAACUG